GAUGGUUCGAAUAAUACCAACAGUAAGUGAAAUAGUAACAACAAAUAUUACUAUGGAAAAUUUUACUAAAACAGAUGAAAUUUUAUCAACUACAAUAAAAGAUAACAAAAAACAAACGAUAAAAUCAAUAAUUUAUCACAAAUUUGGCUAUUUUUUAACGAUGCGAAUGAUGAUUGCAAUAUUAAUGUCAUCAUGUUUGAUGGCAUUAUCGGUGACAACAACAAAUCUUGCUGGUUCACUUGUUUGUAUGGUUGCAAAAGAUGAUGAAAAUUCGGCUAAUUUACAAAUUACACGGUAA